AUGUCUCUGCAGAGCCGAGUGGCCGGCCGCCUGGCACCACUGCGCGCGGCGGGGCAGCUGCUGGUCGCCCCGCGCCCCCGGCCCGGCCCCUCGGCGGGUGCCAGGAGGCCCCGCAGCAGUGCGUGCAGCCCCUUGGCGUCCCUGGGCUCGUACGGUCUCCUCGUGCGGACCCUAGCGGGAGUUGGAGCUUGGGGGGCGGCGGCCGUGGGGCGGAGAGCUGGGGUGCGCACCUGGGCCCCCCUGGCCAUGGCGGCGAAGGUGGACCUGAGCACCUCCACCGACUGGAAGGCGGCAAAAUCCUUCCUGAAGGGCCUGAGUGACAAGCAGAGGGAAGAACAUUAUUUCUGCAGGGACUUCGUCAGGCUGAAGAAGAUUCCCACGUGGAAGGAGAUGGCGAAAGGGGUGGCCGUGAAGGUGGAGGAGCCCAAGUACAAGAAGGACAAGCACCUUAACGACAAGAUCUCCCUGUUCAGGGGUGACAUCACCAAGCUGGAGGUGGAUGCCAUUGUCAACGCCGCCAACAGCUCCCUGCUCGGCGGUGGUGGCGUGGACGGCUGCAUCCACCGGGCCGCGGGGCCGCUGCUCACCGAUGAGUGCCGCACCCUGCAGAGCUGUGACACCGGCAAGGCCAAGAUCACCUGCGGCUACCGCCUGCCGGCCAAGUAUGUCAUCCACACGGUGGGGCCCAUUGCCCACGGCGAACCCACCGCCAGCCAGGUGGCCGAGCUCCGCAGUUGCUACCAGUGCAGCCUGGACCUGCUGCUGGAGCACCGGCUCCGCUCAGUGGCGUUUCCUUGCAUCUCCACCGGGGUGUUCGGCUACCCUAAUGAGGCGGCCGCCGAGGUGGUGCUGACCACACUACGGGAGUGGCUGGAGCAGCACAAGGACAAGGUGGAUCGGCUGGUCAUCUGCGUGUUCCUGGAGAAGGACGAGGACAUCUACAGGCAGCGGCUCCCGCACUACUUCCCCGUAGCGGGCCCUCACUGUCCUCUGCCUUCCAGCCUGACGCCCGAUGCCCACCUUGCCGGGACGACCCUCUGGCACCAGCAGGACCACGCUCCCAGCUCUGAAGAGAGGUCGCUGAGUUUGCAGUUGGGCCUGGAGGCCUGGCCACCUGUUCUGGCCUCAGCCCCCUAA